GAUUUGGAGUUCCAUGGAGUGAUGAGGUUUUAUUUUCAAGAUAAAGCUGCUGGAAAUUUCGCAACAAAGUGCAUCCGGGUCUCUAGUACUGCCACAACUCAGGACGUGAUCGAAACGCUGGCCGAGAAGUUCCGGCCGGACAUGCGGAUGCUGUCAUCUCCCAAGUAUUCGCUCUAUGAGGUGCACGUCAGUGGAGAAAGAAGAUUGGAUACAGAUGAGAAGCCCCUAGUCGUGCAGUUGAAUUGGAAUAAAGAUGAUCGAGAGGGCAGAUUUGUUCUCAAGAACGAGAAUGACGCCGUCGCCCCCAAGGCUCAGAGUAACGGACCCGAAAAGCAGGAGAAAGAAGGUGUUAUCCAGAACUUCAAGAGAACUCUCUCGAAGAAAGAAAAGAAGGAGAAAAAGAAGAGAGAAAAAGAGGCAACGAGACAGGCGUCUGACAAGGACGACAGAGCUCUCCAGGGGGACGACAUUGAGAACUGUCGCCUGGCCGCUGAGCUCUACAAGGACAUGCCGGAGACCAGCUUCACGCGCACCAUCUCCAACCCCGAGGUGGUGAUGAAGCGGCGCCGGCAGCAGAAGCUGGAGAGGAGGAUGCAAGAGUUCCGCAGCUCGGACGGCCGGCCGGACUCAGGUGGAACACUGAGAAUUUAUGCAGACAGUUUAAAGCCAAACAUCCCCUACAAGACAAUCCUGCUGUCCACUACAGACCCCGCGGACUUUGCGGUGGCCGAAGCUUUAGAGAAGUACGGUCUGGAGAAAGAAAACCCGAAGGAUUACUGCAUCGCCCGGGUUAUGCUUCCUCCUGGGGCCCAGCAUUCUGAUGAAAAAGGUGCUAAAGAAAUUAUCCUUGAUGAUGACGAGUGUCCUUUACAGAUCUUCAGGGAAUGGCCCAGUGACAAAGGGAUUUUAGUCUUCCAGCUGAAGAGGAGGCCGCCAGACUACGUCCCGAGGAAGGCGAAGAAGCACGCGGACGGGAAGCCGGCCAGGGCCAAGGAGCGGGCCGACGGGGGUGGCCCCGCGCUCCCGCCCGAAAAGCUGCCCUACCUCGUGGAGUUAAGCCCCGACGGUUCUGACUCCAGGGACAAGCCGAAGCUCUACCGCCUGCAGUUAAGUGUUACCGAGGUGGGGACAGAGAAACUCGACGACAGCUCCAUCCAGUUGUUUGGUUCAGGAAUUCAGCCCCAUCACUGUGACCUCACGAACAUGGACGGCGUUGUCACGGUCACGCCGAGAAGCAUGGACGCCGAGACCUAUGUGGAGGGGCAACGCAUCUCGGAGACGACCAUGCUGCAGAGCGGGAUGAACGUGCGGUUCGGGGCGUCGCAUGUGUUCAAGUUCGUGGACCCGAGUGUGGACCACGCCCUCACUAAGAGACCUGUGGAUGGCGGCCUGACCGCGAAGGGUCCCCGACACAAACCUGGAGUUGUUCAGGAGACAGCUUUUGAGUUCGGAGGAGACGUGCAUAGUGGAAUGGCGUUACCAACAAGCAAGAGCACCACUAGACUGGACAGCGACAGAGUCUCGUCUGCCUCCGGCACAGCCGAGCGAGGGAUGGUGAAGCCAGUGAGCCGGGUCGGACAGCAGCCGGAUUACCGCAGGCAGGAAAGCAGGAGUCAGGAUGCUGCUGGCCCCGAGCCCACGCUACCUGCGAGCAUCGAGUUCCGCGAGAGCUCUGAAGAUUCAUUUUUAUCUGCCAUUAUAAAUUAUACUAAUAGCUCUACAGUCCAUUUUAAGUUGUCACCUACAUAUGUAUUAUACAUGGCAUGUCGGUAUGUAUUGUCGAGCCAGUACAGACCCGAUGUCAGUCCUACAGAGCGUACUCACAAAGUGAUUGCAAUAGUCAACAGGAUGGUGAGCAUGAUGGAAGCAGUGAUCCAGAAACAGAAGAAUAUUGCCGGGGCACUGGCCUUUUGGAUGGCAAAUGCGUCCGAACUUCUCAACUUCAUUAAGCAGGACCGAGAUCUGAGCCGAAUCACGCUGGACGCCCAGGAUGUUUUGGCACACUUAGUUCAGAUGGCGUUCAAGUACCUGGUGCACUGUCUGCAGUCCGAACUGAACAAUUACAUGCCCGCCUUUCUGGACGACCCCGACGAGAACAGUCUGCAAAGACCAAAGAUAGACGCCGUCCUGCACACGCUCACGGGCGCCAUGUGCCUGCUGCGGCGCUGCCGGGUCAACGCCGCGCUGACCAUCCAGCUCUUCUCCCAGCUCUUCCACUUCAUCAACAUGUGGCUGUUCAACAGGCUGGUGACCGGCCCCGAGUCCGGCCUCUGCUCCCACUACUGGGGCGCCAUCAUCCGCCAGCAGCUGGGCCACGUGGAAGCCUGGGCGGAGAAGCAGGGGCUGGAGCUGGCCGCCGACUGUCACCUCAGCAGGAUCGUGCAGGCCACCACCCUGCUCACCAUGGAUAAGUACGCCCCCGACGACAUCCCGAACAUCAAUAGCACCUGCUUCAAGCUGAACUCGCUGCAGCUCCAGGCCCUGCUGCGGAGCUACCACUGCGCGCCCGACGAGCCGUUCAUCCCGGCGGACCUGAUAGAGAACGUGGUGGCCGUGGCCGAGAACACGGCGGACGAGCUGGCCCGCAGCGACGGCCGGGACGUGCAGCUGCAGGAAGACCCCGACCUGCAGCUGCCGUUCCUUUUGCCGGAAGACGGCUAUUCUUGCGACGUCGUCAGAAACGUCCCCAGCGGUCUGCAGGAGUUCCUGGACCCCUUGUGCCAGAGAGGAUUUUGCAGGUUGGUUCCUCACGCACGUUCGCCAGGUACUUGGACAGUGUACUUUGAAGGCGCAGAUUACGAAAGCCACCUCAUGCGCGACAGCACGGAACUGGCCCAGCCUCUGAGGAAGGAACCCGAAAUAAUCACUGUGACCCUAAAAAAGCAAAAUGGGAUGGGCCUCAGCAUCGUCGCAGCAAAGGGCGCUGGCCAGGACAAGCUUGGGAUCUACGUGAAGUCUGUCGUGAAGGGAGGCGCUGCGGACGUGGAUGGACGCCUCGCCGCCGGUGACCAGCUGCUCAGUGUGGACGGACGGAGUCUGGUAGGACUUUCUCAAGAAAGGGCCGCAGAGCUCAUGACAAGAACGACGUCCGUGGUCACUCUGGAAGUAGCGAAGCAAGGGGCCAUCUAUCACGGCCUUGCCACCCUGCUCAGCCAGCCGUCCCCGACGAUGCAGAGACUUUCAGAUCGUCGCGGCUCCGCUAAACCGCGACCGAAGAGCGAAGGCUUCGAGCUCUAUAACAGCUCGGCUCAGAAUGGGUCACCGGAGAGCCCUCAGCCGCCGUGGGCAGAGUACAGCGAACCGAAGAAACUGCCUGGCGAUGACAGACUGACGAAGAACAGGGCUGACCACCGCUCCAGCCCCAACGUAGCAAAUCAGCCUCCGGGUCCUGGCUGCAAGACUGCGCACGCGCCUGGGACAGCCGCGAGGGUGACGUCCGUCUCCACCGGGAACCUGUGCACGGAGGAGCAGAGCCCUCCGCCCAGGCCCGAAGCCUACCCCAUCCCCACCCAGACGUACGCCAGGGAGUACUUCACCUUCCCCGCGUCCAAGUCCCAGGACCGCGUGGCUCCCCCGCAGCACCAGUGGGCGGACUACGAGGAGAAGCCGCGCGCGCACGUGGACGGCAGUCACUCCAGCAUCGCAGUCCAGCGUGUUACCCGCUCCCAGGAGGAGCUUCGGGAAGAUAAAGCUUAUCAACUGGAGCGGCAUCGACUAGAGGGGACCCUGGACCGCAAGUCCGACAGCGACGUGUGGCUGAACCAGGGCUCCUCCCUGGGCUCCAGCACGUCCAGCCAGGAGCACCUGGACCCGGCCUCCAAGUCGGGCACGCCGGCCUCCACGCUGACCAGAAGCGGCCCCGGGCGCUGGAAGACGCCGGCGGCUACGCCGCCCGUGCCCAUGGGCGUCUCCCAGCCCAUCCGACCCUGGACCAACCCGGCGCCGCCCGCCAAGCCCGAGAAGCCCGCCACGCUGCCCCGGCCCCAGGAGACGGUCAUCCGGGAGCUGCAGCCCCAGCAGCAGCCGCGCACCAUCGAGCGCAGGGACCUGCAGUACAUCACGGUCAGCAAGGAGGAGCUCUCCUCGGGCGACAGCCUGUCCCCGGACCCGUGGAAGCGGGACGCCCGCGAGAAGCUGGAGAAGCAGCAGCAGAUGCACAUCGUGGACAUGCUGAGCCGGGAGAUCCAGGAGCUGCAGGGCAAGGCGGAGCGCUCGGCGGAGGAGGGCGACCGCCUGCGCAAGCUCAUGCUGGAGUGGCAGUUCCAGAAGCGCCUGCAGGAGUCCAAGCAGAAGGACGAGGACGAGGAGGACGAGGAGGACGACGACGUGGACACCGUGCUGAUCAUGCAGCGCCUGGAGGCGGAGCGCAGAGCCCGGUUGCAGGACGAGGAGCGGCAGCGGCAGCGGCAGCUGGAGGAGAUGCAGCGGCGCGAGGCGGAGGACCGCGCCCGGCAGGACGCGGCGCGUGGCCAGCAGCAGGAGGAGGCGCGGGCCAAGCGCGACGCCGAGGAAAAGAGGCGACAGGAAGAAGGCUAUUACAGCCGCCUGGAGGCCGAGAGGCGCCGGCAGCACGACGAGGCGGAGCGCAGGCUGCUGGCGCCAAAGAAGAAGAAGAAGAAGGAGGUCGUCGCAUACAACGAGGAGGAGGAGGAGGAGGAGGACUGCGGGCCAGCAGGACCAAACUCUUAUACUGGAUCUACUGGGACCCUUUUCGGCGCCCAUGAUGCGUAUCGGGAUCUGAGAGAGAAACCGCCCAAAAGCCACGACGCAGACCCCCCCGCGAGUUCUGGAGCCCCUGAAAACCUGACGUUCAGAGAGCGCCAGCGUCUCUUCUCACAAGGUCACGACGUGUCUAACAAAGUGAAAGCCUCUCGCAAGUUGACGGAACUGGAAAACGAACUGAACACGAAGUGAGGAGGGAGGGGGCGGCGCGCGGCGUCCCGGCCCCUCCGAGCCCGAAGGAGAGGGGUGCGCCCCCGAGUCGCGGAGACUCUGCUGAGACGGUCGGGGUACAGAGAUGGUCUGGCUCCAGGAAAGCCUGUUUUCUUUCCCGGAGACUGUCACUUCUAUGAUUUCAACACUGUCUUAAUUUCUUAAUUGUCCGACUCACGUGCAGAUAGCUUUGUUAGUUUCCUUUCUAGAGUCUGAGUCGGAAAGGGGACGGGGGCGGCCAGUAAGAGAGAAUGAGCUGUUUCUCCCCCACCUUACCCAAGGAGCACAAGCAAGUCCCAUUUCUGUUCUUUUCCACACUCUUUAGCUUGCAGAGAAUAGCGAAUAGCUUGAAUCACCCAGAUGAUUGUUUGCACUAUUUGAGAGCCACUACAGGCAGCGAUGCAGGAGACAGGACACACGGGGACAGGCUGCUUCGGGCUGGUCGCGAGCAGACCCGACACAGCCCUUCCUGUCCUUAGCCACAAAGCAGCUUACACUGCCGCUUCCCGGACGGGGGACGACGCACACCAGAGACGUGACCCCCCUUCCCUUACAGGCCCACGCCCUUCCAGUCAGUUCUCAAUAUCUGAUCGAAAAGUUUUUUUCCAACCAAAAAAGUUUGACGCUUUAAGCUUAGGAAAUUUUAUUUUUGUAAAUUCCAGAUUAUUGUUAUAAUAAAUCGUUGGUGAUUUCGAAGAUGGCAGUUAAUGUUGGAAAGUUAGCCAAAUGUUUCAGGUAUCCACGGAAACCCACAGAAGGGCGUCUAGCCAGGUGGCCUUGCCGUGAACAGGAACGAGAACGUCGGAAAAGCAUGCCUCGUUAGUCGGUGGCACUCAGCACAGCUGUUGCUCAGGAAUUUUUAAGUUUGACGAGAUUUACACCUGUGUGCUGUCGGGGACGGCCUUCAGUCACCUCUGGCGUCUGUAAUCCACACCUGCAAGAACAACUCACGGCGGUUCAAGCUAUUUUUUACUCACAGAAUUAUUUAAUUUUCCUUUGUUGCAUUUAGUUACCGCUGUCGUUUCUUCAGCUAUGAAUGUGGCCGAUGUCGGGGAGACGGACCUCACUCUGCUUUGUAGUGCGUGAUGGUGAAACGGUAAAUUACUGUGUGAUUACGAGCAGCUUUUCUAUUUGACAAAACCCUGACGUGGGGUCUAGGUGAUUUUCCUGUACCACGUUGUUCUCUUACAGACGUGCGUGUUAGCACACUUUCAAAGGGGAGAGGCAGGGGCUUCCCAGCCUUAGCAAUCACUUUAACAAGAGUUGUAUGAUAAAUCAUUAAAACGCAAGUGUAAAUAUUUUUUAUGCCUGCCAGGGCUCCUGUUUGGAAGUGUGCUCCCACCGCCCCGAGUGAGAGAGUGAGAUGGCUCUGUGCUGAUGAAGGAUUUGCAGGCUCCUCCAGGUGUCUGGAGGACACUGGUGGCCUCAUGGGGACUAAAUCCACACUUUUCUUUAAAGAAAAUGAUGCAGACGAACUACUAUUCUGUUAAUAUAUGGGGAAAAAUACACAUAAGUACAUGCAAAGACAUGUGAAUAUCUACGGACAGGGAGAGUCGUGUGUGGUCGUCAGACUCAUCGACGAGUGGGUGUGGCCGUCCUCGACGGUCGGUGAAAUGUGAAUAGCGGACAGGGCUUUUCACAGCUGUGCAUUAUAUGGAAGAAACAUCCGAACUGCUGUAGUUUUCCAUUUCUACUGUAUUUCACUUGCAACCUAUUUUUAAUAAACUUUAUAUGUAUUUAAGUGUA